AUGUCUGAGGGCUUGCUCGGUGCGUUCUCUAGCGAUGCUGCGGCCAACACCCAGCCGACCGAGAAGAGGCGCGUGAAACUUUUUCCGUGGGAUAGCGUUGCGACUCAGCUUCUCGAGCCUUACGGCGAGAGCAACUUCGACACUCUCUCCUUGAAGAAGCUCUACGAGGCGACGGCCAGGGGAAACAAGUCGGCGGCCUAUCACUCCCAUCUUUGUGCCCCGAUGGAUACAGACGCCUGGCAUGUUGGUGCCGGAAUUUCUCAAACAGCCGCCGCUCUGCUUGCGGCCAUCGGGAAAUUCCGCUCCAAGGAGAUGAAGGCAAUCAUGAAGGAGGAGCUCUAUGCAAAAGUCGAGGAAGAAUUGGUCGGACUGGAGCCGACGCUGAAACGCUUGAACAUGGGAAAGGGCAGUCAAACCCAGAAAGAUACCGGAUCUUUCCGCGAAGCCAAGAGGCAGAAAACGAGCCACACUACAGAUUUGCCGAUCGAGUCGACCCCAGAGGAAAUCAAGCAGGCUGCCCUCGCCUUUCAUCAAUGGUUGAAGCAACCGCAGAGUGCCUUCCGCAGCUUGCUCUUCAUUCUCGCCGGCAGCAACACCUACUACACGGGCCACGUCGCCGAAACCACGGCCCGCGCCGUGGUGGAGCAGAAGCCGCUGAGCCAGGCGGACUUUCAGACGGCCAUGGUAGCGCGGAAGACCGAGGCGCCUGAGGCCACAGCCACAGCAGCUGCGUCCAGUGCUUCCGCACUUUGGUUGCAGUCCUGCCCUUACCUCCGUACCACCGACCACGUCGUCAUCAUGGCGGGUAACACUGUCGGCUUCCGCAAUCUCGGAACGUCUUGUUUCCUGAAUGCCGGCCUCCAAGCAGUUCUCGGAGUUCAACCCUUGGUCAGAGCCAUCAACGAGGGCACGGGUGAUGAGGAAGUUGCUCUUCAGCGACUCCUGGCGCGGCUCGCGACGAACACCGAAGCAUUCGUGCCCACGGAGGUGACGAACCGCUACUACCGCCAUCGGCAAGAAGACGUAACAGAGUUCCUCGGCAAGCUGCUGGAAAAAUGUUUUGGCUGUCACGAAUUCUUGUACGGCAGUGAAUGGUCCAGCUUCCAAUGCCAGCAUUGUGGCUAUCGUCGUUUGCUGCGGGUCGACAACUUUGAUAGAAUCCAGCUGCCGAUCCUGGGCAUGAAGUCUGUUCAAGAAGCACUGGAUGCGUACCUGUCCCAGAGCACCGUCACCGAGGAUGCCGCAAACUGGUUCUGCCUGACAACGGACUGUCUCACGAAUGGCCUCGCCGAGAAGAGUCCCUUGCACGUCUCCGGCAUCGACAGUUGGCCAAAAGUGCUAGUCCUUUCGCUGAAGAGGUGGAACUGGAACCUCGAUGAGGUUGUUGCCCACAAGAUCUUCGUCGAUAAAGUCUUGCAGACGGCUGAAUGCACGUAUGACUUGUGCUCCUUGGCCACCCACAUCGGACGUCGCCCUGACAGCGGUCACUACAUGGCUUACCGUCGAGACGCUUUCGGCUUCCUGAAGUUUGACGAUCAUGAGGUCACGCGACUGGCCCCAGCAAAAGAAGACGACUUCGUCACCGUGGCUGCGGAGAAGGUUUACGUCCUCUUCUACGUCAAGCGAGACCACAUCCCCCCGGAGAACACGCAGGCUCGACCAUCGAAGUUCCGGCGACUUGCUUCACACAAGAUCCCAGAGCCCGCACAAGCAGAUGCCAUAGACAUCGACACAGACUCUGAUGUCGUUGUCCAACAAGAUUCGCAGCCGAGCCGACCUCCUCCUGUUCCUUCGGAGACUGCAACUGCAACAAAGCAGGUCAUUGACCUCGACUCCGAGAGCGAUGUCGUCACGGAGAAAGAUGUGCCCGGACAGCCUUCCGCCGAAGCCGCCAGCGACGACUACGACAUUCCUGCUCUAGCACCUGCACCCACAUCCAAAGAACAAGAUCACCUGACUGGAACGCCUUUGCUGCGAUUCAGUCACGAUGAAAGGCUUCGUAUACAAGAAGUUUUGCAAGAUUGCUCCACGGUGAGGGAAGCUACGGCAGCGCUUGCUGUCACGGUGCCAAGGCUCACCGUCAAGGACAAGCAAGCGGCAGGGUACCUCUCCCGGAAGACACUUCGUAAUUGGCUACAAAACCCAGGCAGCUUCCGGAAAGCUCUGUCCAAAGCGACAAACCAACGACCUGAAGCUAGAGUCCACUCUGCUCGUUCAGGUAGCACACGGGCAGCUCUCUCGGAUGCAGACAAGAUCAUUAUUCGCGAUGCCUUGGGCGCUGCACAGUCGCUCAACCACCUCCUCCACAUCUUGACCGAACGCCUUGACGAGUUCAGUGCCGUCGACACUGCGGCACCCAAGUACAUUCCGACCAACACCCUUCGAGAGUGGAUGAGCCGACCAACCAUCGGCCGCUGGUUCGAGGCAGUCGAGUUGGACACAUGGGAUGCCGAGUUUGAUCGCACUUUCACGGUGGCAAUGACCAAACCAGCCAAACGCGAGCCGAGCUCCCUGGGAACGGAGUCCAAGGACGACCAAUGUCUAGUCUACGGCUCUUGGACUUUCUGCCCAGAUUGUGGCCGUCGGCGUCCUCGCAGCCACGUCACAUCCAGAGAAGCCGUGAACUCUGCCGUCAAAUGUAAGCCUCAGUGUGACCUUCAAGCCGAAGACCUGCUUCAGCCGCCUUCUGCAACUCUUGGUGCGAAGAAACUUCAAGGUUACGUGACGCCAAUGUCGCAGAAUUGGGAAGCUCUGCUGGCCCACCUGGAAGCCACCGGCUUGCCUCUUCUCACGGCCUUGACAAAGGAAGACCUGGACAGUCUGACCAUUGUUGACCUGAAGCUGGCCUACCGCAGCCGUCGAGGCGGCCAUGCCGAGAUCACCAGCAAACAGAAGCAGACCGUGAUCAGAGCCAGGUGGAAGCCGAUGCUCUUGACCGAAGUCAGCCGUUCUCAGAAAGCUGCUGCCGCCUUUGACUGGCUGCGAAACAAUAACAGCACCUAUGCUGCCUGGGUCGAGAAGCACAUGCAGCGCCGCCAAGAAGGCGCAUCAGGACAGGCUGAUUGGCGUGAAAUUCCCACAGCCGAGCUGCUACUGAACUCGCCGGGAGUCGAAGUCGCCGCACGGCCUUGGCUGUAUCCUUUGGCAAGCUUUGCUGAAACGGACCUGGCCACUCGUCUUAAGGAGCUCGGCUGGAUCGCCAAGAACAGCACCGUCUCCAUCAGACAAAGCUUCAUGCGAAAGAUUACCAGUCGAUGCUUGGACUAUUGUCGCGACUUCCGACUACAUUGUCUGUUGUACGAUGUUUGCAUGGCCAAGUCCAUCACCUCCAUCAUCCACAUCGCCAACAAGAUGCACAUCGCUCCGGAGCAAGCCGCGUCGCAACAGGAUUCCUUCGAAGGAUACUGGUGGCUGCAGAUACGAAAAAUGGAGGACGUCUGCAGGCGUGAGUUUGAGCUCACCGAGGACAUGAGUCAAUCGCUGCCAAACAUCUUUUUCACAGUGGCGCCUGCCGAGUGGCGCUAUCUGUUACCAGACGGUCUCAUGUUCGCCGACAGUCUUUCAGACCAGCAGGCCCUCCUAACCCUCCACUUGUACCACACUUUGGAAGCAAUGCUGGAGAAGCACCUUCUUAAAGAAGGAUCCAGUCUGCGCCAGAUCGGCUUGGACAAGAUAAAGCACUGGAGCUUUCGCUUUGAGUUUCAGUCCCGUGGCACCUUGCACAUCCAUGCGGUGCUAUGGUCGCAGCUGCUACCCGGCUGGUCGGCUGAGGACAUCACCGGUCGCACGGACGGCCCUGGAAGCGCUUUCGUUCGCCUGCUGGAAACGCUGUUCAAGUCUCGGGCAGAUGUCCAAUGUGGCGACGGCAACCACUGCUUGCUACGAUACGUGGCAGGCUACGUCGCGAAGGCUUCGGAUGCAUUGCAGUUCUCCAAGCACCAAUCUCUAGGUGAAGGUCAAUGGCGCCAAGCUUACCGACUCAUUUGCAAAAAAUCGCCUACGGAACAAGAAAUCCUGAUGGAGUUCGCAGGGCUCGCCAUGGUGAAACACUCUUUCUCCGGAGUCGAUGUCUUCGCACCGAUCCCAGGCAGCUGCGCCAGCAACAAUUCCAGACGACAAUAUCGUGCUUAUCAGCAUCAUCUUCGCCCAAGGCAAGACGAACCGGGAGAUGCUCGACAGCUGACCUUCAUCCAGUGGCUUCGGCAGUUCCAGCUAACGACAGAUGACCCGGAGGACAUGUCCGUGCACAGGCGGAACAUCGCCGGGCCUGCCCGCAACAAGAUCGCCGGCGUUGCCAUGCAGUUUCCGUACGAACUGCUCGACAUUUACCUAGGAGCCUGGGCAGCGUCUUGCUUGCCAGGCAUGGCGGAAGAACGUCUACUACCAUCCGUACCCGACGAGCUGGACUUGCCAGGUUAUGAGUACGAACUCGCCAGACGUCGAUCCUUGCUCGCUCCAGAUGGUGCCAGGCAUUUGAAAAGCGUGCUCUGUCUCAACGAGUUCCAGCUGGACGGAGCCAAUGGUCUUGUUUACAAUCCAGAUGUCGCAAAGCUGCUCAGUGCCAUUGAACCUGAACUAGCACUGCGAGGACUCAACGACGAUAGAAUCGCAACCUUCAAAGCUAAAAUAGAGGCCACACACUUGUUGCUCCUCAAGAUUCGUGAUGGAGAGGAAAAUCACGAACUUUGGUCGGUUCGCAAGCUGCCGGGACUCCCGGCACGCCAGUGGUCUCCCGAGCAGCAACAGGUGCUCGAUUUCGUCAAGCAGGCUCUGCGUCUACAGGACGCCGCAGAAGCGGAUCGCGACUGCCGGCUUCUACACAUCUCCGGAUCCCCAGGAACUGGAAAGACCGAAGUCGUCAUCGCGGCGGCGGAGCUGGCCCUCGCCGACAAUUGCAAGGUGCUCAUCGGCGGGCCCAUCGGCCUCUUGGUCGCCAUGUACAAACUCCGACUGCCGGUCACGGACAAUCUGUGCAUGGAAACCAUCCACUCCGCCUUUAAAAUUACCCGAGACGCCGAUGCAGCUUAUAUCCCUCCGGGACGGCUACGAAGGUAUGACGUCAUCAUCCUGGACGAAAUCUCCCAGAUCGACGAGUUCGUGUGGGGGCGGAUCAAGGUAGCUUUGAACGAGUUGCACCCAGUACCUCUCGUUCUCUUCGUCGGCGAUGAGCAACAAUUGCAGCCCGUGCACGGUCAACCUCAACUCUUGCUAGACCUGGCGUCCUUGACAGAGGCCGGGAAGGCUCAACAUAUUCGUCUGCGGCAGCAUGAACUCGCCCGCUCCGUGGAUCCGACCAUGCUGGCGUUCCUGGACAAGAUCCGCACCAGGCAACCAACACGAUCUGAACUGGAAGAGUUCUUCCGCGGCAGAGUUUGGGAUUCCAACUUUCGGGAUGCCGUGAAGAAGAGCUUUGACAUCGAGAGGAACACCGGGAACAAGUUCAUGUUCUUGACCGUCGCCAACAAGCCUGCAGCGGACCUAAAUCAAGCAAGACUAGAGCUCGAAUUCCCCGAGGAAGCUCGGCGACUGUCUAAUGGCGAAGGCUUACCUGGCGAGAUCGGCAACAUUCUCCUGACUGCCAACAUGCGCGUUCGCCUGACUCAUAAUGUCAACAAAGAGGAAGGCUUCGUGAACGGUAAUACAGGCACAAUCAGGAAGGUCCUCCGCCGGGAUGUGUUCAUCAUGGAGAGCUCGCAACAAACCUGCAUUUUGGUGUACCCAAUCACCGUCAAAGGCCGCAAGUAUCUCCCGGUCGCCUACGGGUAUGCCACGACAAUGCGCAGAGCGCAGGGGGCCACCAUGGAAGCCAUCGGAUUGCUAUUCGAUCGUCGCGUGCCCGACAGAGGCUACGCGUACGUCGGCACGUCCAGGGCCAAGUCCAGCUCCAUGAUCUUCCAUCUUGGCAGACUACGCCAGACGGACUGGUUGCCUGUUGGCGGAAACCCAAACGAGGAACACGCCUCGCUUUCCGUUUUCAGCGAGUCCAGCGGUGAACAGGAGGAAUCGGAAGCGCCGCCGACGGAGAGCCCGGAGGCAGCGUCCAUCGACUUCGAUGUCGAGCACGAGUCUAUGGAAGAUGAGGACUUCCUGACAGCUGACAGCCCUGAGCCCGGGUCCAGUGAUUUUGAGCAUUGGCCGGACGACUGCAUAGGAUGA